AUGUUGCCAACCACCACUGCCAACUCGGCCAACAUUUCUGCCACCUCUUCAAAAAAGUACACAUGUGGUUGCAUUCCGAAUCGACUCACCAAACCAAUUCAAAAAUCUUUUUAUUCCUUUGCAACAUCGAAAUGGGGAGUUAUUCUAUUAAUUAUUGUGACCUUUAUUACUCUCAAUUCCAUUCUUCAUUUAUUACAAUCUUUAUUAGAUGUUUCUAUUAUGGAUAAAACUACAUUGGUUGAAGAUGAUGUUUCACAAAUGGGAAGUUAUUGUCAUCGAAUGUAUAAAGAUAACAUUAUGAAAGUGAACGCAAUUCCUAAAUUAUGUUACGAACCAAUGGAUAUUGUUUAUACAUGGGUGAAUGGUUCUGAUCCGAUUCAUAAAGCAUUAUUGAAAGAAUUUACUGAUAAAUUAAAAGAAGAGAGUGUGAAACAAGAAGAUGUGGAAUCUUUUGAUUCGAGUGCAACAGAAACAAAGAAGACAACAAAGACUACGAAAAGUACAACUGGAACUGGUGGUACUUCUACGACGACAACGACGACAGGAAAGAAUCCAUCAGAGAUGACAACCCAUUCAAGAAAUACUGGUUCCAAUCAUCGUAAAAGCAAUCAUGAAAAUGCCAAUUCUAUCAGAGGGCGGACGAAAAAUUAUCGUCUCAAAGGAAAUAAUCAAAAAGACAAAAAUGUUGGAACUACACCACAGACCAAUCAUGAAGAAAUGCCAUUAAUGAAAGGAAGAAGAAGAAGAAAAUUAAAUCAAUUCAAUGAUGACGAAGAGGAUGAUUCAUCCAUAGAUCAUGUCAUUGACAAGACUACAAUGAAUGACCAAAAGAAGAAGAAGAAGAAUUCUAAUACUACUACUACUACUACAAGAACAAAUUCCAAAUCUACUACAAGAACAAAUGCAAAGUCAACCACCACAGACUCAACGACCAAGAGGAAGAAGAAGAACGACCUAAACACUACGACCACUCCCAAAAAUACUUUAAAAACUACGACCACUUCCAAAUCUAGCUUAAAAACUACGACCAGUCUCGAAAAUACGUUGAAUUCUGCCACUACUGCAUCAACGACUCGUCCACCAAGCGCAAUCCCUUCUUCAAGCACUCAUCCUCAUCCUACAACCCCUUCAAGUACCACCAGUCUCUCCGCCUCUCAAAACAACAACACUCAAGACAAUACAGUGAGUGGAUCCAAUCGUUUCCGUGAUAAUGAUGAAUUGAAAUUUAGUUUAAGAAGUUUAGAAAGAUUUGCUCCAUGGGUUCGAAAUAUUUAUAUUGUAACCAAUGGUCAAGUUCCUAAUUGGUUAAACGUAAAGAAUCCUAAAAUCAAAAUUGUGAAACACUCAGAUAUAUAUAGAGAUGCUUCACAUUUACCUGUAUUUAGUUCUCCAUCGAUUGAAUCUCAUAUUCAUAGAAUACCUGGACUAUCAAAGAAAUUUAUUUAUUUAAAUGAUGAUGUCAUGUUUGGAAAUAAUGUUUAUCCAGAAGAUUUUUAUAGUCAUUCUACUGGACAACGAGUAUUCCUAAGUUGGGAAGUUCCACCAUGUGCAAGUGGUUGUCAAGAAUCAUGGCUAGGAGAUGGAUACUGUGAUUUAUCAUGUAAUGUCACUCAAUGUGAUUUUGAUGGAGGAGAUUGUAUUGGAAAUAAUGUUCGAAUGUCGUAUGGAUCUUCCUCUUUUGGUAAUUCUUGGAAUAAUUGGAAUACUGGAUCUACUGGACAGUUACCAAAUUGGAUGUCCUCCUCAAAAUCAAAUUACCACAAUUAUUGUGCUGCUUCAUGUCCUGAUACAUGGAUUGGUGAUCGAUUCUGUGAUCGACCAUGUAAUGUACGAGAAUGUGGUUUUGAUGCAGGAGAUUGUGAUUUUAAAGAUUUGAAACGAGUUUUAUUGCAUGAACAUGUGAAUGAGAAUUUGAAUGCUAUUUAUGUGAGAUAUAAUGUAUCAUCUAUUUAUUUGAAUUUAAAUCCAAUUUUCAUGAAUGCGCAAAUUACAAAUGGAAAUCAUGAUAACGAGAAAUUAGUGAGAAGUUCAACCAUUUCACAAAAAGAAAAAUUAUUAAUAUUUACAUUUAAUUAUCAAUUAUUGAAAGCUAAUAUUACAAAAUAUACUUCAGAGAAUGUAUCAGAGUUAGCUAGUAGUCCAAACACUCCAACGAGUUCCAUUUCUUCAAGUACUCCACAUACAACGAGUUCCAUUUCUUCAAGUACUCGUCAUCAAUCAUCUUCACGUACUACCACUACUACUAGCACUUCCAAUACUGGAACUUUGUAUUAUGAAGAAAUUAUUCAAGUCACCUUAGAAGCUGAAAGAACUCUCAAUUCUACUACUGAAACUAGUACUCCAUCCACUACUACUACUCAUUACACGAUUGAAAAUGAUAAAUUAACCAUUUCCAAAUCCUUUAUAGUGAAAUUGGUUAAUAACGAAACCUUUGAAUAUAUUCAAAACAAAUUUAACAAAAAAACUAGUAAUGAUUUAAUUGGAUUAACUGAAAGUGAAUAUUCUCAAAUACAAAAUGAUAUUCAUUACAAUUCUAAAGUCAUCAUUCCAACAACGAUGAGUAUUCAGUCGAUGCUAGCAUUGAAAAGUAGUAGUAGUAGUGGUAGUGGUAGUAGUAGUAGUAGUAGUAGUAGUAGCAUUUCUACAACUACAACUCUUCCUCCUCGUUCAACAAGUCCUAAAAGUGAUCUUUCAACACUCAAUCAUCCAAAUACUCAGCCAAUGAGUGGUGGUACUACUACUACUCGUUCAAAUACUCGUUCAAUGAGUGGUAGUGGUGGUACUAUGAGUGAUGGUACUACAACAACAACACCGAGUGGAACAACAACCAUUUCAAAUACUCAAUCAACAACGACGACUCAACGUGAUACUACUACCAGCAGCUCUCCUGCCAACACUGUCCUCCAUACAGAACUCAAGAAUACUGACAAGACAAGAAUGGAUACUACUAGAGUUCAACAUGAUGAUACUACUACUACUCCAACAACUUCAACAACUAGUGCUGGUAUACGCUACUACUACUCCAACUACUACUACUGCUGGUACUAA